AUGGCUCCAGCGAUUCCCCCUCCGCUGCCACCAUCCGUCGAGGAGGCCUACCGCCGUAAAUGCAUCCAGCUGAAGCAGCGCACCAACGAGGUCGAAGAGGCCAACGAUGCCGCCCGGGUACGCCUCGCGCGCCUCAAGCGCCAGGUCGAAAAGCUGCGCCUAGAACGAGCCUUCCUGCUCGAGCAGCUGGCUAAGCGGACGAGCACCAACGUUGAAGACUCAGACGGUAGCCCGAGUCCUCCGCCGACACCCCAAGAAAAACCCCUCCGCCUCAAGCGCGGCCACCGCAAGACCACCUUCACCCCCAUCGACAUGUCGGCGACCCUCGGCCUAGCCGCCGGCAGCACCUCGUUUUUGAGCCAAAGCCUCCUCGGACAUUCGCCCAGCUCUGAUGCGCUAUCUAACCAACCAGGUGAUGCCAAGUCGAACGGCAUCUCCAAGACUGAAGCGGUUCCCGCGCCGCCUAAGAAGCCUGCUACCGCCUUCGAACUCUUCUGCGACGACACGCGUUCUUCUGUCCAAGAAAAGGCAAAGACAGAUGAGAGCAUCAACGUGGAUGAGGAGCUGGCUCGGCGAUGGGAGGAACUUCCCGACAAAGAGCGGGAUGAAUACCGUUCGCGCGCAGAUAAGUUACGCACGCAGUAUGAGAAAGAUAAGGAGGCAUGGGAGGCAGCUAUGCAGAGGAAAAAGAAGCAGGAGAAGGAAAAGGAUGAGAAAGAAAAGGAUGCUGGCGCGGCUGCGGCUAAGGAGAGCGGGAAUACCAGCAGCAGCGGGAGCAGUAAUCGGACUGAGUCUGAGCAACCCUCUGGUGCUGAGACAAAGAAGGGCGACGACGCGAACGGAUCUGCUUCCAGGACAGCACAACAGGAGGAUGUGGAAAUGAACGAUGAGACAGACGAUCAGGAGACGCAAGGAGAGAAGCCCGAGGAGUAG